AUGGACCAUCCUAGUAGGGAAAAGGAUGAAAGACAACGGGCAACUAAACCCAUGGCACAAAGGAGAGAACAUUGUUCCCGACCAUCCGGCUCAACAUCCUCUGGGGUUCUUAUGGUGGGACCCAACUUCAGGGUUGGCAAGAAGAUAGGGUGUGGGAACUUCGGAGAGCUCAGAUUAGGUAAAAAUCUCUACACCAAUGAAUAUGUAGCUAUCAAACUGGAACCAAUAAAAUCACGUGCUCCACAGCUUCAUUUAGAGUACAGGUUUUAUAAGCAGCUCGGCAGUGCAGGUGAAGGUCUCCCACAGGUGUAUUACUUUGGACCAUGUGGGAAGUACAAUGCCAUGGUGCUGGAGCUUCUCGGCCCUAGCUUGGAGGACUUGUUUGACCUCUGUGACCGGACCUUUACUUUGAAGACUGUGUUAAUGAUAGCCAUUCAGUUGCUUUCCCGAAUGGAGUAUGUCCACUCAAAGAAUCUCAUCUACCGAGAUGUCAAGCCAGAGAACUUCCUGAUCGGUCGACAAGGCAAUAAGAAAGAGCAUGUUAUACACAUUAUAGACUUUGGACUGGCCAAGGAAUACAUUGACCCUGAAACCAAAAAACAUAUACCUUAUAGGGAACACAAAAGUUUAACUGGAACAGCAAGAUACAUGUCUAUCAACACGCAUCUUGGCAAAGAGCAGAGCCGGCGCGAUGAUUUGGAAGCCCUGGGCCAUAUGUUCAUGUAUUUCCUUCGAGGCAGCCUUCCCUGGCAAGGACUCAAGGCUGAUACCUUAAAAGAAAGAUAUCAAAAAAUUGGUGACACCAAAAGGAAUACUCCCAUUGAAGCUCUCUGUGAAAACUUCCCAGAGGAGAUGGCAACCUACCUGCGAUAUGUCAGGCGAUUAGACUUCUUUGAAAAACCUGACUAUGAGUAUUUACGGACGCUCUUCACAGACCUCUUUGAAAGGAAAGGCUACACCUUUGACUACGCGUAUGAUUGGGUUGGGAGGCCUAUUCCCACUCCGGUAGGGUCAGUUCAUGUAGAUUCUGGUGCAUCUGCCAUAACUCGAGAAAGCCACACACACAGGGAUCGGCCAUCACAACAGCCUCUACGAAACCAGACUGCAUCGUCAGAGCGCCGAGGAGAGUGGGAAAUCCAGCCGAGCCGGCAGACCAAUACCUCAUACCUGACGUCUCACUUGGCCGCAGACCGCCAUGGGGGAUCAGUGCAGGUGGUUAGCUCAACCAAUGGAGAGCUGAAUGUUGACGACCCCACGGGAGCCCACUCCAACGCACCCAUCACCGCUCACGCUGAGGUGGAGGUAGUGGAGGAAGCUAACUGCCUGAAAAUGCUCAACCUGUGGUGCUGCUGCUUCUUUAAGAGGAAAAGGAAGAAGACCACCCAGCGCCACAAGUGA